GAUUUAUAUAUCGCUGCGUUUGAUCCAUACAUUGAUACCAUGUUCAUACUCGUGAGGCGCAUUCGCAAUUCCUUCAAGCUUUUUCAACGUGGAUUCCAUAAUGCGAAAAUUGCUUCACGCACUUUGUGCUAUCCACUUUUUGGAUCCUCCGCCCUCAUCGGUACUUAUUUGUGCUUUCUACUUUUGACUGACGAUGAGGAGACGCCCACAUUUUAUCCAAAAAACACCAGUGCUACUCUUAUCCGUCGGCUUCCAUUUAAUGCGACUUCCAGGCUCAUCUGUUGGCUUGCCGAGUGCCCUGUGCCAGUCCUCGCCCGCCCGGUCAUUUAUUCUCUAUAUGCAGCCUUAUUUGGUUGCGAUUUGAGUGAGUUAAAAUACACGGAUCUGAAGCGGUACGCAUCUGUUUCGGAUUUCUUCUCACGAGAACUAGCGGCUCAUUGCCGCCCUAUUGACGAAGCGGCUGCUUUGGUCAGUCCAGCCGAUGGGAAAAUUCUCCACAUCGGCUCUGUCGAUCGAGUUCACCCAGUUCUGGAGCAAGUAAAGGGUAUUAAUUAUUCUUUGAGAGAAUUCCUGGGUCCUGUGAGCUUUGAUAUGGAUCAUGCGAGGAGUGAUAGUCGUCAGAAAAAUAGCCUUCGGUUGUACCAAUGUGUCAUCUAUCUUGGCCCCGGCGAUUGUCAUCGUUUUUUUAAUCCGACCGACUGGACUGUGUUGGUUCGACGUCAUUUUCCAGGUUAG